AUGGCUCCAGAUACACCUCCAAUGCAUGUCACCAAUGAUAGACAAGUUUCAAGCUUGAUUGCGUUAAGCAGAGUACAUUUGUUACGCCUUUGUGUGUCCUGUCGAGUGGAGAUGGAUACUGAGGAGAACCAGGAACGAUCAGAUGAAGAGUUUGGUGAAGAUGUUGAGGAAAAUUCAGAAGAUUCAACCGAUGAUGAGGCAGACAGUUCUGAUGUGAACGACGAUGGAGAAGAUGUCGACGAUGGAGAAGAUGUCGACGAUGCAACUUACUCUGACGGAGAAGAUUACAGUGUCUACGGAAAAGUGAAAAUGAAGAUGAUGAUGAAGAUGAAGUCUGUAUUGAAAAGGAUGGAUUACACUACCUCUUACAGAUCUUUGAUAUAUGCCCAACAAUUGGUCAGAGGAACAGCUGAAGAUGGAUAUGCGAGUCUCUCAGCUUACCUACAUUCAGUGAACAAAGCCAAUCCGGGAACUGUAUCAGCUCUUCAUGUAGAUUCGAAUAACAAAUUCAAAUAUCUAUUUCUCGCAUUUGGAGCAUCGAUUGCUGGUUUUCAAUACAUGAGAAAAGUUAUUGUGGUUGAUGGCUGUCAUCUAACAGGGAAAUACGAGGAUGGUUAUCCUUUAGUGAUAGUUUCUGACAGACAUAAUUCUAUUAAGAAAGCUUGUGCAACUAUUUUCCCAUGGGCAAAACGAGGGAUCUGCUACUACCAUCUACAACAUAACAUAGUAACAAAGUUUAGGGGGAAGCAGCUGUUGUACUUGGUUAAACGUGUGGCUUAUGCUUACAACCUCUAUGACUACAACCGGUACAUGGCGGAGUUGAGACAGAUCAAGCCUGACCUUGCUGACUAUUUGGAAGAAGCCGAUGUCUCUCUUUGGUCCCGAGUUCACUUUGUUGGAGACAGAUACAAUAUUAAGACUAGCAAUGUCGCAGAGUCUAUAAAUGUUGCACUUAAGAAGGCCCGAGGAUAUCCCAUUUCAUUCCUCUUGGAUUUCAUACGAGAGAAGCUUGGUCGGUGGUUUUUAAAACGCAGAGAGGAUGCUUUGAGUCUCACAACACAUAAUACUCGGGGAGUGGAGUAUUUGCUGGCGAUUUGUGGACAUUAUGCAGAUGCAAUGGAGGUGGACCGAAUUGACACUUGGAGAUACUAUGUGAAAGGAGGAACCAGGAAUUGUAUUGUUGAUUUGGAACAUGGAAUGUGUGAAUGUGGUGUGUUUUACAUCGAGAAGAUCCCAUGUUCACAUGCUAUUGCAGCUGCAUUAGCCGGUGGGAUAACUGUGGAUUCUCUUGUAUGUCCGACUUACUAA